AUGUCUGGUGUGGCGUGGACGCUGCUGCUGGUGCUGCUGCUGCUCCCAUUAGUGCCUGGGGCCGAUGAAGAAGAGGUCAAUGCUCCUCUCCCACAAGACUCACACACCAUCCCAUCUCUGUGGACCCCCGACCAGGAGGUCAUGGAGACCAUGCUAGGAACUGGAGAGCCCUGCAAACAAGAUUCCGAGUGCCAUAGCAACUGCUGCGUCACCAACAGCCUGAACCCGCAGAAGUUCUGCACCCCGCAGACGAUCUUCCAGCAGUGCGUGCCCUGGCGCAAGCCCAAUGGCCACUCCUGCCUCUACCACGGUGAGUGCCACAGCGAGUGCUGCGUCCGGACCGGCUACAGCCUGGAGCGGUUCUGCACGUCCAAGACCAUCUUCCUGCAGUGCGUGCCCUGGCGCAAGCGGGACGGGGACUUGUGCUACGUCCACAAGGAGUGCUGGAGCCAGUGCUGCCUCCGCCUGCGGGAGAUCAGCCCCGCGCGCUGCAUCCCGCGGAGCGGGAUCCUGGCGCAGUGCCUGCCAAUGUGA